AUGACUCUCCUGCCUUCUCCCCUCGCUCAGUCCACCUUGGGCGAGAAGUGCGCUGUCUACUUAGACCACGUCACCGACAACAUCCCCGAGUUUCUGCACUCCCUCCGCCCCCGACUGGAUCCCUAUCUGACUUACCUGUCCCCCACGCCCUUUCGCUCCGUUGCGCAAGCCCUCCCAUUCGACGCCGACGAACAAACUACCGCUAUUUGCGCAGCUAUUCUCAUUUGCAUACUCACCAUUGUCGGAAUGAGUUGGGCUAACCCCCUUUCCGGCUUCUGGCGCCGCUCGCCAAACUACGCUACCACCCCGCAAGUCAGCGAUGAGGAUUUUAGUUAUAUCACACCGGAUUAUAUUGUCGACCCACCGACAAUGGCCCCUUCUCAGCAAGGUGGUCAAUAUGCAGCAAACACCGCAGACAAUGAGCCAGAUAUCAUUCGCCUGCGACACCGCGGUACUAUCUACCCUCUACACUUCCCCGCAUUCGCCAUCGACGAUGGUGCGUUGAACAUCGCUGCGCUCCGACAGGCGGCCGCGGCAAAAGUGGGCGCCGACAACCCGAAUCGGGUUCGAUUACUGUACAAAGGAAAUUUGUUGAAAGACGACUCGCGACCAUGCAAGGCAGAGGGCCUCAAGCAGCACUCGGAGGUUCUGUGCGUUGUGUCAGAGGUCGACGCCAACACCCCAAGUGACCACUCUGACCGCGACAGUGGUCAGUUGAGCGAUUCCAGGGUCCGUCCUGACGGCGCAGACGAAGACGGAGACUCAGGCUCGGCCUCCAAGUCGCGCAAAAAGUCUAAAAGUAAGAACAAGAAGAAAAACAAGGGCAAAAAGACGGCAGAGGGCAACCCUCCCCGUGAUGAUUUCCUGGGGCCUCCUCCCUCGGUUCCCUCGCGUCCCACUUCACGAUCGGGCUCAGCGUAUAUGCCGGCUCCGUCACCCAACAUCAAGGACCUGGGUGCAAUGGAGCAGGUGUCUGCAUUGCUUAAAUACCUCCAACAAGAGAUUGUACCACUAUGUGAUGAGUUCGUGGCGGACCCGCCUACCGACCCAAAGAAGCGAGAGUUUGAGCACAAGAAGCUCAGCGAGACGAUCUUGGCACAGAUUAUGCUCAAGGCAGACGGAAUCGUGCCGGAUGGCAAUGUGACGAUUCGUAACGCGCGCAAGGCUUUGAUCAAAGAAGCGCAGGCGAACUUGGACCGGCUGGACCAGGUCGAGAAAUAG